AUGGAACUUGCCGGAGCGUCUUGGAUUGUCGAAGCAAUGGAAAAAGUAGGCAGCUGCUCGGGCCAUGGUCUACCCGAGGCCGGCGCCUUCACUCCAGCCCUAGUCUUUCCCUCAAACUUUGGGCAGAUGGUCGCUGUAUCUUGCGCAUGUACGACUUUACUUGAGCUAGUAUCGAUGUCAAAGGAUUCGAAAGAGAGACUGAGAGGCGACAAACUUUUGGGAGAUAUCCGUGACAAAGGCUCACGACUGAACAACCAGGGUGUGGGACAACAUGUUCUUCGCUUUCUUGAUGCUCUCCAGGCAGUGGGAUCGUUGGCCAUCGUGCUGCAGGAAGAGUUGAUCUCGAAUAUUCACGGUAGAAAAUGGGAUGACUAUGCAUACCAAGAUUUGUCGAAAUGUAUUGACGGUACAUCAGGUGGGAUGCAACGUAUUCUAGACACGGCAUUGGUGUCUGCGGAGAAUAGUGGCAUUCAGAAUGUCUUUGCAGCUGUUACAACAAUCACGCAAAAGGUUACAGCUUUGGUCGACUCAUUGCAGCAAGAGUCAGUUGUGACCAGUGAAGAAGCGGAACGUAUCCGGAGACUGUCCAGCUCCAGCUGGAUCAAUUUAGUUUGUGACGUCAUCAAGCUUUCAUCUGCAGAUAAGCUGGAGCAAGAUAUCAAGCAGGAAGCAUGCGCACUCUGGUCUGAUCGUAUGGAUACGAUUGUUUCCAACUGCUUGACGAGGCUUUUCCAAUACGUGCUGUCUAGUGUUAUUUCACGCGAUUUGAAGAUCGACUUUUGCGCACUCGCUCAAGAGCCUGAUGCUGCUGCAAGCAAGACGGAACAGACAUCAUCCCGCUCACGAUGGCGUGCAUUCUUCUACUCUCAAGUUCCAGCCUCACUGCUCUCUGCGUCGUCGAAGGAGUCGGUGAUAUCGCGAGCAAGUGUGAUUGUCAAGUCAGUGUCUGACGUAAUGACGGUUUGCGAGAACCACUGGGCCCAGCAAUGGAGGAUAAUGCUGUUCCUUGACGACCGGUCAUCUUCCAAUGGACGCUUGCAUGACUGUGUUCAGACCUGCUACAGUAGUGCGGUCGCACUCUUUGAGUAUGGUCGAGCUUUACUCGACCUUGUUGAAGGCAUCACGAUGGUUGAGACAUCAUCAGGCGAGGUGUCUCGGAAUGAGGAGAAACUGGAGCUUGAAGUGGAUCGUGCAGGUAAAGAUCUGCUUCGGAAAGCGUCUGAAGCUACUAUGAGGCUUCAUUCACGCGUUGAAGCAGUCAGUGAGGUGGAUGCUUGCGUACGUGCUCUCCAAGACGAAAUGGCGUGCAUACAGAACACGCACAAUAUCAUUACUUCCGAUAAGCGCGCGGCCGCGGCUGAAUUUCUCCAUCUGUGCAGUGCAAGCGAAGACGCAGUAGUGGAAAUGUCGCGUGUACUGCACAAGCACGUUCAAGACAUGCGCUACUUACUAAAUAACACUGACAAGCUCAAGGCAACAUCAACGGAAGUGGCAUCUGUAGCAUCCGAGAGUCUACGAUCCCAAGGUCAGUUGCAGAUGCAAAAAGACAAUCCGCUACCCACCGAUUGCUCUUCUCCAGCGUCCACGACGGCGUAUUCCUUUUUGGAAAAUGACCGACUCGCAAAGCAGCUGCGGCGAAGUGUUCGGUCGGCAAAUCAUGUCCAGAUGUUGGAAGGUGUUUUACAGCGACAUGAGGAAGCCUGCAUGGAAUUCCGACAGACCAUUGGUCCGAUUGAUCAAGCUUUGACGGUGUUCGAUACCCAGGCUGACCACCUCCUUGCGUUUCAAGGCCAUCCGGACGCAAAAGCACUGCUGCUGUUGAUCCUCGAUUUGGUCGAGACACUUCGGGUGUUCUCAGUAGAUACCCGAUCUACACUCGAUACUUCGGAUGAGGCUGCAACGUCUCUCCUCGUAGCAGGUCGCGACGUCGUGCGUCGAUGUGUGAAGUUAUUCUUCGAAGCCACUGAAGUGGCUUGUCGACUUUUGGGUGCAGAAGAACAAAGUCGCAGACCGAGCAUUGGUGUGCCGAUGCAACAUGUACCCGGCGAGGAUGAGGAAGAGCAGCGUGCAGACACAGACGGUUCAGCUGAUGCCAUCACCAACGAGUCGGGAAGCAGCAUAGUGUCAGGUGCGAGUAGUGACUGCGGAGGCAGCCAUUAUGACCAUUCGAUCGCUGGUCCUUCGUACGUUGUCGAGGAAAAGAGUCGUCACGGGUUGCAAGUUGUCAAGCGUAUUGAAGAAAAGCUGUCGGGAAAGGUGACGGAAGUGGCCCAUGCUCCUUCCAUGCUGACAGUGGAGCAGCAAGCGUCAUGGCUGAUCGACGAAGCUACCAAGAUCGACAAUCUCUGUGUCAUGUACGAAGGGUGGACACCGUGGAUUUAG